CACAGGGAAGCGCUUCCGGGUGCUGCCCCCGGAAGGGCUCCGGGUGCGCGGCGGUGGGAGCGGAGCCGGCGGCGGCGGGGCCGGGUCCGGCCGCGGGGCAUGGGGAGCUGAUCGGUUUGGGUCCCCACAACCCCAAGAAGAAGCGGGACCUAGACAAGCUUUAUGGUCUAAAAGCUAAAGCCCAGCAGAUUAUGAACCAGUUUGGCCCUUCUGCCCUGAUCAACCUCUCCAACUUCUCCUCGAUAAAGCCGGAACCAGCCAGCACCCCCCCGCAGAGCUCCAUGGCCAACAGCACCACCGUGGCGAAGAUGCCGGGGACGCCCAGCGGAGGAGGGCGGCUCAGUCCCGAAAGCAACCAGGUUUUAACCAAGAAGAAGCUGCAGGACCUGGUGCGUGAGGUGGACCCAAACGAGCAGCUGGAUGAAGAUGUGGAGGAAAUGCUGUUGCAGAUCGCCGAUGAUUUCAUAGAGAGCGUGGUGACGGCUGCCUGCCAGCUCGCCCGGCAUCGCAAGUCCAACACCCUGGAGGUGAAGGACGUCCAGUUGCACCUCGAGCGUCAGUGGAACAUGUGGAUCCCAGGCUUUGGUUCUGAAGAAAUCAGACCCUACAAAAAAGCCUGCACUACAGAAGCUCACAAACAGAGAAUGGCACUGAUUCGCAAAACUACCAAGAAAUAGCCCCUGGGAAGAGCUGGGAGAUGACGCCAGUGCAUUUUGGGAUAUCUGCCUCUCCACUGAACCCUCCACGAUGCCAUCCAUGGGAUAUUUUUUUUAAUGCUUUACAGAGAAGCAUAUAUUUUUUAUUAACGGUGCAGCAAUAUCUGACUUUAUGAGAUCUGCCAAAAACAUUCUACGCCCCCGUCCUCAUUCCCUGUAAGAGCGCAACAUAUCUCAAAAACAAAGACUUUUAUUUGUGACUUGAAAGUGGUUUAUCGUAUAAGUGAUUAUCCAAGGGACAGAGCAUUUGAUCUUGUGUGGGACAGUAUUAGAAGCACCUGUAGAGGUUUUUGUUUCCUCCUUCCUGCCCCUACCUGCUCCAGUACUUUGUAAUGUCAGUGUUUAUAUAAAUACUUGCGUUUGUUUUACAUGAAUAAAGAAAUUAUUAAUCUAAA